GAGAAGUGUCGGUUAACCUGGAACCGCCAUUUGUUUAUCGCGGGCGGGCGACGCCGGAGAGCUCGGCAACUACAAGUCGGAGUGGGACAUAGUUGGAGGAAAGUGGGAUUGGUGGUCACAAAUUAUUACCGAAAGAGCUUUCAUCCUCUGUAACUGAAUUAUCUCUGAAAUAGUGCGGACUUUGGAAGAAAAUCUGCUGAGGUGAAAUUCAUCAUCUGAGGCGAAGCGGGAAGUUUUGCUGAAAUUAGGCGAGGUUUGGUGUGAUUGCACUUUUCUGGGUUCCCAACUUUUCUAUUCUUUCCCUGGUUUGCCCCGGAGCGGGUCGCUGGUGGGAUCUUUGCCUGUGUCAUGCCGACGAGAGUGGACGACACCAUGGAGUAUGGAACAGGUGACUCGAUCAAAGUGAAAGCUCACUACAAAGGGGAUAUACUCAUCACAGACCUUGAUGCAGCAAUCACUUAUGAUGGAAUGUGCUCUGAAGUGAGGGAUAUGUGCAAUUUACAACAGAAUCAGCCAAUUACACUGAAAUGGAUUGACAAUGAAGGGGACCCAUGCACAGUUUCUUCCCACAUGGAGCUGGAGGAAGCAUUUCGUCUAUAUAACCAGAAUGGUGAAUCGGGCCUCAUUAUCCAUGUUUUUCCCAGCAUUCCUGAAAAGCCAGGCAUGCCAUGCCCAGGAGAGAACAAAUCAAUCUAUAGGCGUGGGGCAAGAAGAUGGCGGAAGCUCUACCGUGUGAAUGGACAUCUCUUCCAAGCCAAACGAUUUAACAGAAAGGCCUACUGUGGAUACUGCAGUGAAAGGAUAUGGGGUCUAGGCAGGCAGGGUUACAAGUGUAUCAACUGCAAGUUGUUGGUCCAUAAGCGCUGCCACAGACUUGUUCCUUUGACCUGCCAAAGGCAUAUGGAUCCGGUCAUGCCUUCCCCGGAACCUCCAAUUGAAGACAAGACUGAUGAAGUUGACAUCCCUUCAGAAGAUCCCGAUGGAAUUGUACCAUACCUGCCACAUAGUCGGACUAAAUUAGACAAGGUCACAGAUGAUUCAGAGGAUCUCAAGCCAGUGGUUGAUGGUGUUGAUGGAAUCAAGAUUUCUUCAGUACUGGGUUUACAAGAUUUUGACCUAAUACGAGUCAUUGGACGUGGCAGCUAUGCUAAAGUUCUCCUUGUACGUUUGAAGAAAAAUGACUGUAUUUAUGCGAUGAAAGUUGUAAAGAAAGAACUGGUCCACGAUGAUGAGGAUAUUGACUGGGUACAGACAGAAAAACAUGUAUUUGAACAGGCCUCCAGUAAUCCAUUUCUUGUUGGUCUUCAUUCUUGUUUCCAAACAGAAAGCAGGUUGUUUUUGGUUAUAGAAUAUGUCAAUGGUGGCGACCUCAUGUUUCAUAUGCAACGGCAAAGGAAGCUUCCUGAAGAACAUGCCAGAUUUUAUGCUGCUGAAAUUUGUAUUGCUCUCAACUUUCUUCAUGACAAAGGAAUCAUAUACAGGGACUUGAAACUGGACAACGUUCUCUUGGAUUCUGAUGGCCACAUCAAAUUAACAGAUUAUGGAAUGUGCAAGGAAGGACUUGGGCCUGGUGAUACUACCAGUACUUUCUGUGGCACACCCAAUUAUAUAGCACCUGAAAUAUUGAGAGGAGAAGAGUAUGGUUUCAGUGUAGAUUGGUGGGCACUUGGCGUACUGAUGUUUGAAAUGAUGGCUGGAAGAUCACCAUUUGACAUCAUCACUGACAAUCCAGACAUGAACACAGAGGAUUACCUGUUUCAAGCUGAACUCCAGAAGCCCAUUCGAAUCCCUAGAUCACUUUCUGUAAAAGCAGCCAGUGUCCUGAAGGGAUUUCUAAAUAAGGAUCCUAAAGAGCGACUCGGGUGUCAAUCACAGACUGGAUUUACUGACAUCCAGACUCAUACCUUUUUCCGCAGCAUAGACUGGGAUCUGUUGGAGAAGAAACAGGUGACUCCUCCCUUUAAGCCACAGAUCACUGAUGAUUACGGUUUGGAAAACUUUGACACUCAGUUUACAAGUGAACCUGUGCAGCUCACGCCAGAUGAUGAAGAUGUAAUAAAAAGAAUUGACCAGUCGGAAUUUGAGGGAUUUGAAUAUAUUAACCCCUUGCUGAUGUCAUCAGAGGAAACCGUAUGAACAAGCAGCACUUGAAGGUGGGACUGUUUUACCUCAUUUGUCAAAGGUCAGCUUCAGUGAACUUCAGACUCAAUUUUGACUUCUCAAGUUGGUGACUUUUUCCUAACCUACCUGCAUGCAAGGUUGUGGAUCUGGUGCAAGAUUUCCAAGAAUACUGCAAACCAUGGUGACUGCUGCUUGAGCGACACAAAUGAAGGUUGUUUUAGUGAUAGUGUUCCAUAAACAGCCACAGUUUCUCCUUAUUAACUGGACAUUGAUUCAACUGGCAUUUUAUUAGUGAAGGGAAGACUGCCUGACCCGUGCCUGCUUCCGUGAAGGAAUACUCCUUUUGUUCCUUCAAAAUAAGGAAUUAUAUGAUGGUUUCUAUGAAGGAACUUGGAGACACUGCACUUUUUCUCUCUCUUUAUAAGUAGAUAUUCAGAGGUUUGACCUCAAGAGAAGGAAUGUACUGUACUAUAUUAUUUAAGAACAGUAGUAUGGGUAUCUACACCUUUACCUGAGAUUGCCUUUUGACAACUGGCUAAUGUGAUUUACAAACCACUGGCUCUAACCUAUACAUAAGCAAUAAAAUACAAGUAAUCUGUGCUCUGUUGGUCAAUAAUGUACACUAGGAUUAAUCUUGGUGUAACAUUGUGCAGUCAAGAUCUAGUCCAGAAAUACUUUAUUAACCAAUGAAUCACAGUUCUUGUUAAUUGCUGCUAUAUUAUAUAAUGCCAUGGAACAGCUGGUUUUAAAAGAAUUAAAAAAUGUGUUUUUAUCAUAUUGAAUAUUGUGUGAUAUAUACAGCUAGAUGCAAGUUAACUGUUCAUGAUUAUCCACCAAGUUUAUUUUUAAAACUGCACUGUAGAUUGCAGCUAAAACUAAACUGUUUUUGGUUUCUUGCUAGACUUGGCCAAGUGUCACUUGUUGGAAUUAAUCUUCAUUUAUUUAUAAAGAGAAUAGGAAUUAUGGCUUGCAAAGAUACAGAAUAUAGUAGUGUUUGUCCUUCUCCCGUAAGAAAAUUGUAUUAAAAUAGACAAAAGAUUGUGUUUGUUAGAAAUGGUAACUCUGAUUAAUGCUGCAUUUAAAAGCUUUGAGUAGUGCAUACCAUCUUUUAACCCUUAAAUCAAUAUUGCAACCAAUGAUACUGGAUGGGCACUAAGAAGGUUGAUAAUCUGAACUCCCUAAUUUCUAGAUAUCAAGCUACUAACAAACCAGCAACAGAAAGAGAUUUCAUUUUUGUAGCCAAUGUUUUAUUCAAAAGCCAUGAAGUUGUAAUGUUUCUUACCCCCCCCACCAGUUUUUUUUCCCCAAAUUCUCCAUCAAAGUCUACCCUUGCAUUUCAAUACAACGUUCUCUUUAUUUUUGAAACAGCUUCUAAUCCAGAAAUUAGGAAACUCUGUAUGUGGAUUCCAAAGAUUUGUUUUGAGACAGUGAAGUGCCUAAAAUUUUCUCUGACUGGGUCAGAUAUUUCUCUUAAAGAUUAGUUGUAACCAGAAUCCAGGAUAAAAAUCUACAGGGAUGUCAGAAAGAACAAUGUAUUAAGAUUGUUAUCACAAUUCCACCAAUGUACAUACAUUAUUCAUAAUUUAUAUUUGAAACAGUGCAAUCUACUGCUUUCUAAAAGGAGGGGAGUGUGGCAGUCUCUAAAUCAUGUAUGUGGAAAAAAAGAUUAAUAUUUUGAGGUCCAUGGCUUGCCAUUGCUCUGUUUCUAUCAGAAGAAUGUGAAAAUCCAUUCAUUGUUGUAAUUAGAAAAUAACUGAUUAUCUUAAGCAUUCUGUACUAUGAAACUAUUUAAAUAUUAAUUACACAAUGAUUUAUAAAUUUGUAAUUUCCAGUUUUAUUUUUUUUUAGUGCAGCCUUGAAUUGGUUUUAGACUAUUCAACCCUUUCAACCACUUGAGUCCUGGCUUAAUAAGGUCCUGGAAUAGUGUUUAUAAAGUUCUCUUUUAUUGUUUAUUUUGUCUGUUAAUUAUGGACUUUGACUCCCAUUUUGCUUAGGUUAUUGAAUUGUUAGCAUUCCACUCAUAAUAUUGCACAAUUGAAGAAUUAACUUUAAAUGCUAGAAAAUGUAUCAUUUCAAAAAAAUCCUGGAAAUGCACAACAGGUCCAUGGGCAACUAAAGAUAAGAAACAGUACUGUUUUAUGAGAAAGGGCAAAGAUCCACAUGUUAAAUAUACACCACUUUUCUGGACCUGCUCAAUUUCUGUUUUUCUUCAUAAUUGCAGAAUCCUGUUUAAGAAAAAAAGAUGUACAAAAGACUGGCUAUAUGCCAGCAUGAGCACAGUUUGCUUAAAACUAGGUUUAUAGCAGGUGAAGGAAUUAAUUCACACACUCACCCACAUCCUUUAAUUUAAUCAGAGGAUCCAUGGCAUUAUAUAUACUGACUGGAACUGCACACAUCUUAGCCAAUCAGAUUUUAACCAUCUGGUCUAUGACAUUACCGGAUAUUAGGCUGGCUGCCAAUUUUAGAAGUCUGUAUGCAAACUGACAUGUAAAGCAGUGGUUUAUUUCUGUUGCCAAAUACACCGCCAUUUGCUUGUUCAUUCCUCUCCAUUUUUGCUAUGUGAACUGUGCGUGCAUCAUUGAAGCUGAUUAUAUUGUGCUGAGGGGGAAUUUUUUUAAAUAUUUUAAGUAUACCAUUUUUUAAAUUUGAAAAUUAUGAAGGAUGUCAUCUAAAUGUGCUAAUAUAAUGUUUCCAUGGUCAGGCUAAAUGGAUGUAUGAUCUCCAAAGGCAAUUCAGAAAAAGAAUAGGAUUGUAACCAGUGCUUGAUUAGAGCACAUACUGGGAAGAGGUGUUAUAUCUAUCCUUGCUUCUCUUUUUAAUGUCUAUAAAUAUAACAAACAGAAGCACAGAGCCAGGUCUACUUGGGCUCCAAAUUCUAUGUCAAUUUUUCUUAAGAAACUGAAAAUGCUGGAAACUUAUAGAAAGUGGUCAGCAUUUCAAAGAGAAUGAGGUUAAUAUUUCUGGUAGGACCAGUUGCCAAAACUGAUGAGCUGUACACAGAAUGAUUAUCUUUGGUGGUAAUGACCAACUAUGAUUGUCCUGAUGAUGUGGCUAACUAUUCAGGCAAAUGCAGAGGGCACAUACUAAGUAGUGGACUGGACCACAAUUACUGCAGCUUGGACUCCAUAGUUUGUUAGUUUUGUAGACCAGUUGCCAAACAGAUUAAUUUUCUUCCAAAUGCCAUUCACUUGCCCUUCAGUGUACUUGUUUUCUAUCUGGCUGAGGAAAGUCAAAAUAGUUAGUUCCUCCACAAAAUACAUCUUGUAUUACCUCUCAGUUCAAAAAGAGUGGAAAGUACGUCAGUGCCAUAGAAUUAAGGUACUGUCAAUGGGUUUGUUUUUGAUUGACAAUAGGUCAGGGUAAUAUUUUUAAACCUUUUAAAAAUUGCACCAAUGAAACACUCCCUCCAUUUCACUUCUCCUGCAGUCCAACUAAAAAUUGAAUGAUCAGAGGCUAAUGCAAACUACUUACAUUAGAGAACACUGCUACCUGCACCCAGGUGGAAUAGAGGAAAUAAAAUCUCACUCAAACCUGUUUUUUUUAAAUGGAAAUCUGAGCACAGAAAGGAGGCUGUCAUGCCUGUGUCCCUGCUAGCAUCUAUCAAAGGCCAAUUUCCCCGAAUCCUUAAAUAUUCUAUCUGGGUCCCUUUUAAUUCGAUCCCUCGGGAGUUUGUAUAACUAAGUUUUAAAGACAACCAAAAGGUAUUAAAACUUCAAAUCAUCUCCCAUCAUUGAAUAUUAUCCUCAACCAAACCACAUGUCAUUGCCCCAUGUGCCUAUUUCUCUUUUUAUUUUUCUUAAAUGCCCAUCUAAAUUAUUUUGCCAGUCAUUGGUGUUCUACUGUGCCACUGAAAUCUUUUAGCAUCUAUUUUGCUCCUGAUCAUUCACCACAAUAAUUUAUUCAGGAGUUGGUUAGGAAUAGGAGGGGAAGGAUUGCAAGAGAAAUUUUUUAAAAAUUGCAGCCUAGCUGCCCCAAAAUACUACCAACGUCUGAGCUUUACUUGCUGUAUGCACAUAAUUUUAGCAAAUUUUCAGUCUGCAUCAUACGUACAGAGCAUUUUAUGGAACAUUGUGAUGGGAAACUGUGCCUAAGGAAAAAUAAUCAGUUUGGUCUGACCUGUUAAAACUUAAUAAGGUUCUGGUGCAAGUGUACAGUGGUCUAACUUUGAUUAGUCCUUAAGAAAUUAGAGCUAAUUUAAUGACUGUAAAAUAGUGAAAUGUUCAUUGUAGUUAUUUUGUAUAAUGACAGUUGAUUUAUGGGUGUGAAUUGUACUGUUCUUGCCUAUUCUCAUAAAAAAAAUUGCUAAUUUGAAAAAAAAUUCUCAAGCUUCUAUGCCA